AUGACUAUUCAAGUUUUCGGACACACUACAUCUACUUUUUGUCUUGUAUUAUUCCACAUUCUUAAAGAACUAGGAUUAUCUUAUGAAGUCGUUCAACUAAAUAGUACCGAAGAAAUUAAAUCUCCAGAAUAUCUAGCUACCAAGCAUCCUUUCGGAAAAAUUCCUUCUCUCAAUGAUGAUGGAUUUCAAAUUUACGAGACUCGUGCAAUAGCUCGUUAUUUGAUAAAUAAAUAUCAAGGAACUAAAACUUCUACCGUUCUUAUUCCUUCUGAUGUACAAAAAGCCGCUUUGGUAGAACAAUUCAUUUCUGUAGAAGCCUCUUAUUUUACUCAACCUUUAAGUAAAUUGAUUGUGCAAUUAGUAUUUAAGAAACGUCAUGGUAAAGAACCUGAUCUUAAAAUUGUUUACGAAACUCGCGAAGAACUUAAUAAAACUUUAGAUGUUUACGAAAAAUUAUUGGAGGGUAAAGAUUAUUUAACAGGGGAAUUUUCUCUAGCUGACCUUCUUCAUAUUCCUUAUACUUUUUAUGCUAUUAAUAUUGCUGGUGAAAGUGAAUUAUGGGAUAAACGUCCUAAUGUUUCUAGAUGGUGGAAGAACAUUAGUGAACGCGAAUGUUGGAAAAAUAUUGUCACUGAAUAUAAAUUAGCGUAA